AGAGAUAGGGUUUGUUGUAACAACAGAGCAGCCAGUCUUCACUUGGUUGUUAUCUCCACCACGAAGUGGUCCAUUAAUGACCCAGCCGGCUCUUGUUCGGACUGCGUAUGGUCCUUCGCCUUGGCUGUUGAUCAGUUCCCAGGGUUCCAUCACUUUUGUUGCAUCAGUGCCGAUGAGCAAAUCCACAUCUGCAUCCAUAUCGUGAAUCUUUACAUUCCUCAGGCAUGGAAAGAAAGAUGAAGUAAAGUUUUUACUCUUCAGGAGCUUCAUAUCAAGUCCUUCACCACUCUAUCACUUCUGGAGAGCAUGACUGGAUCCUGGAGAAUAUUUCUGCUCUGUCUCCUGCAAGGUGCUGGGUGCAACGCUGCAAAAUACCCAGGGGUAUUUGCUGCACCUCGUUUGAUGACCCCCAAGGAGAAGGUGGUGGAGGGGACACCUGUGGAGCUGAGGUGCUCUGCUCCAUCCUACUCUCAAACCCACCCCCCCACUGUGACGUGGACCUCCGCCCUGGGGCUCAGCACCCAGCUCCAGCAGGACGAUACCGUGACCUCCACUCUGACCUUCAACGCCUCCCACCUCUACCAUGGAAACAAUGUCUCCUGCACUGCGGCCUACUACAUACCAUCUGGGAACAAAACUGUGACGUCUACAAGAUACCAACUCAGUAUCUUAUAUGCCCCCAGGAACACCUCUGCUGUCGGCAGCCCGUGUCUUCCAGCCAGCGAGGGAGGCUGCCUGAACCUGACCUGCUCCAGUCAUGCUAACCCUGCUGUCAGCGAGUUCACCUGGUACCGAAUACACGGAGAACACAUCUUUAAGAUCGGGAGUGGAUCUUCUCUGUCCAUCCAGCUGUUGAGCACCAAUAACUGGUUCUUCUGUGUAGUCAGGAAUGACAUUGGCAUUGAAACAUCUAAUAUCUACAAGAUCGACAUUCAAGACGUGGUGCUGUGCAUUUUCAAAUCUGCUGUGAUGUUCGUGGGAUUAGUGUCCGUGGUUGUGUGCUUUAUAAGAACUCGGAAAGUGAGUGAGGAGACGCGGUCCUUUAACGCUGCCACUGUGAAGCGAGCCCCCCCAGACGAGGAGGAGUCCCAGGUCGUCUUCGGAGGUGAGGAGGACAUCUACGUUAACAGCGGGAUGCAGAUGAACCUGGUUGGGCCGAGAGAGGAGCCGGUUGGACCGAGAGAGGAGGCUGUUCUGAGAGCCGGUUCCCCAGUCUCAACGCACCGUGAUGCAGCCUCCUCCCAGCUGACUGAAGAUACUCAAACUUGGAAGAUGGGUGAGGAAACGCGGUCCUUUUAUACUGCCAAUGUGAAGCAAGCCCCCCCAGACGAGGAGGAGUCCCAGGUCGUCUUCGGAGGUGAGGAGGACAUCUACGUUAACAGCGGGAUGCAGAUGAACCCGGUUGGGCCAAGAGAGGAGCCGGUUGGACCGAGAGAGGAGGCUGUUCUGAGAGCCGGUUCCCCAGUCUCAACGCACCGUGAUGCAGCCUCCUCCCAGCUGACUGAAGAUACUCAAACUUGGAAGAUGGGUGAGGAAACGCGGUCCUUUUAUACUGCCAAUGUGAAGCGAGCCCCCCCAGACGAGGAGGAGUCCCAGGUCGUCUUUGGAAGUGAGGAGGACGUCUACGUUAACAGUGGGAUGCAGAUGAACCCGGUUGGGCCAAGAGAGGAGCCGGUUGGACCGAGAGAGGAGGCUGUUCUGAGAGCCGGUUCCCCAGUCUCAACGCACCGUGAUGCAGCCUCCUCCCAGCUGACUGAAGAUACUCAAACUUGGAAGAUGGGUGAGGAAACGCGGUCCUUUUAUACUGCCAAUGUGAAGCGAGCCCCCCCAGACGAGGAGGAGUCCCAGGUCGUCUUUGGAGGUGAGGAGGACGUCUACGUUAACAGUGGGAUGCAGAUGAACCCGGUUGGGCCAAGAGAGGAGCCGGUUGGACCGAGAGAGGAGGCUGUUCUGAGAGACGGUUCCCCAGUCUCAACGCACCGUGAUGCAGCCUCCUCCCACCGGAUAGACCCUGCAGGCUCCCACCCAGGACGACCGGUCUCUAGGGAGCUCACUGAAGAUACUCAAACCCGGAAUGUGGCUGAGGAAGCACGGUCCUUUAACGCUGCCACUGUGAAGCAAGCCCCCCCAGACGAGGAGGAGUCCCAGGUCCUCUUCGGAGGUGAGGAGGACAUCUACGUUAACAGCGGGAUGCAGAUGAACCCGGUUGGGCCGAGAGAGGAGCCGGUUAGACCGAGAGAGGAGGCUGUCCUGAGAGCCGGUUCCCCAGUCUCAACGCACCGUGAUGCAGCCUCCUCCGGCCGGAUAGGCCCUGCAGGCUCCCACCCAGGACGACCGGUCACUAGGGAGCUCACUGAAGAUACUCAAACCCGGAAAGUGGCUGAGGAAGCACGGUCCUUUAACGCUGCCACUGUGAAGCAAGCCCCCCCAGACGAGGAGGAGUCCCAGGUCGUCUUCGGAGGUGAGGAGGACAUCUACAUUAACAGCGGGAUGCAGAUGAACCCGGUUGGGCCGAGAGAGGAGCCUGUUGGACCGAGAGAGGAGGCUGUUCUGAGAGCCGGUUCCCCAGUCUCAACGCACCGUGAUGCAGCCUCCUCCCGCCUGAUAGGCCCUGCAGGCUCCCACCCAGGACGACCGGUCUCUAGGGAGCUCACUGAAGAUACUCAGUAAACAUUUUAUGAUGACCAAGUACUUCCUCGAGUUCUCAGCUCAAGGCAAGGAGCGGACCCAAAGAAAGACUUGCCUAGGGCCCCCUACUGCCUAGAGCCAACACUGACCAGUGUACCUGAUACCCCACUAGUGUCCCUGGUAACAUCUAGCGUCCUAGGCAACAACUAGCAUACCUUGGGGCCCAUGGUAACAGCAGUCUUCCUAGUCAGUAUUAAACAAGAGCAGUGUUUAAAGUAUUGAUCGAGUACAUUAUUAACAGUAUUAAGAGCAGCAUCAAUAGUAUGAACACUGAACACUUUACAGUAACAGAACAGUAUUAUCAGUAUUCAAGGGUUUCACAACAUUCAUAGUACUGCAAAAGCAAUGGAUUUCAUCAGUCUCAAGCACUAUUGUGUAACCUAAUUCGGCGAUAGAUUUUCAAGAUUGCCAACGCAAAUGUGUUAUAUGUAACACACCUACUGAACUACAUCCUACAUUGACCAUGAUAAGUCAUCAGAGAUUAAGGCCACUGUGGCAGUGUGUGUGUGUGAUGGCUGGUUUAAGCAGCCUCAGCUGGCGGAGUCUGAUUGGACUCUGGUGCUGGCUGAGGCUGCACACCUGUUGCACAUUGAGUAAUCAGUGUGCACAGGUUAAACCAGCCGUCUGCACUCGCACUCGGGGCGAUCAACUGGAUGGCAGCAGAGCACCCUUGCUAUGUUCAUUAUGACAGUUGUGCAAUAAACCAUAUUUUUAAAACGAA